AAAAAGCGGGUCAAGGGCGUCCCGGCAGAGACAUACCGCCACCGCUGGCUCAAGAGGCUCCCCCGCAAGAACAUGAACAGCUGGCUGUCGGGCCUGUGCAGCGCCUGCGAGUCGCCCGCGGGCGAGCUGACGCCCUGCGCGGGGCCGUGCAUGAGGUCCUUCCACGCCAG